UUCAUCUUUGACAUUGACAUCUCUUCCAAUGGACAAUUCGCCCUUUCUUCCUCUUGGGACCACACCCUGUGUCUCUGGGACCUGAAUACUGGCCAGACCACUUGCACAUUUCAGAUGGGCAGACAUUACUCAGUGGAUUUGUUCUCGCCCAACCACUACUGGCUACAUGCUACCACUGCCAGCUGCAUUGAAAUCUUUGACCUUGAGAGCAAGUAUUUCAAAAUUAUCUCAAGCCCAGCUUCACUGAUGUUGAUCUCAACUCACAGGGAGCCAAGUGUGUUGGUCGCAUGGUCAGCAGAUGGGCAGACGUUGUUCGGUGGACUUACUGACAACCUUGUUUGUAUCCAGACUGUCACUUCUUAA